AGCAGCUCUAUUUGCAGCUAAUGUAAUCUAAAUUGUGAAAAUAAUUCAAUUGGCAAUGGCACAUUGGAGGGAUUAGUAAGGAACGCCAUUAAAAUGUUUAAGUUAAUUCUAAUUUUUCUAAUUUUUAAUAUUGCGCACGGAUACGAAUUCCAAAAUGCAACUCAACUUGAGUCUCCCUGGUAUGCAUACUUGAUGGUCUUAGGUGAGCCAUGCGGUGGAAGUCUUGUUAAAGAUCAAUACAUUGUAUCAGCUGCUCAUUGCUUCAAUAAAGUUAAAAAGGAUCAUUAUACGAAUGAGGAAGGCAAAUUGGAAGCUGCUGUAAAGUUGAAACUCGGCAUAUGGAAGACAGAUCGUGAUCCUGACUGUGAGCCAGGCGUUGAUGAUCAAAUUUGUGAAUAUCAUGUUGAAAUUCCGCCAAAUGAGCUAAAGGUUCAUGAAAGAUACAAUCCAAAUUCAGGAAGGGAAAGGUAUAAGAAUGACAUUGCAAUAAUUCAACUGACGUGGCCUCCUAGAAUGUCGGAACUGAUCAAGAAUAUUGACUUGCCUGAUGAUGAUGACUGCUAUGAAGAAUUUGAGGAAGAUGUGUGGACUGUUACUGGAUUUGGCAUGAAACCCGACAAGGAAUACGCAACUACCAAGAAAAGGAUUGACUUGAGAAUGAUUUCUAAAGAAGAAUGUGAAGAUGGUCUUGGCGAUGCUAAGCAGUUCUAUGAUCCAAAGACACAUAUUUGUGGAAAAGGAACCAAAGGUGAAACAACAUGUGUUGGUGACUCAGGAGGUGGCAUAUUUGCCAAGUCCUCAAGUGGAACAACCCUUCAAGGAGUCGUGUCGUUUGGUGUGUCUGAAUGUGGAACAGUUGGAGCUCCAUCUGGUUUUGUCCGAGUUGCAUGCUACAAUGACUGGAUCAGUGAAAAAAUUGACGAAUGGGAGGACGAUAGUGAUGAGUCAUACUCGUCUAAGUCAGUAAAGAGCAGAUUGAACAUCAAACGGAAGAAGCAAAAGUCUAAGACUUCAUCUGGAAUUUAUGGCUUCUUUAGCUUGUUUGGAUAGUUCUGGAAGAUGUCUGAAAUUAUUUCGAAUCUGAUUUUAUAAAACACAUGCAAUAAAGUUGUGAAUUGUUUAAAAAAUUUAAAAAUGUUUAUUUUAUUUUAUUAAAAUUUUAAUUCAUUCCUCAAACUUAGCUGUGGCCAUGUCUAGCAUCCACUGGAAUUAAACUUGUAG